AUGGAGGAACAAAGGAAUAAACAACUUGAAAUAGUUCAAUUGCCUGAUGUAGCCCAGGUUCCAAUAACAACAUCAGAGAGUACAACUAGGUACGUGCACGUGUCCCCUUUGGCAGUAGAUCAUAAAAAUAUGGUGGUACCAAGAGAAAAUGGUGCAAAUAAUACUAAUCAUAAUCAGCAAGAUUAUAACAUGCUGAACUUAAGCGUACCAAAUUAUGCUAAUCAUUUGCAAUGGCAUGGACAAGGUGGAGAAAUUCAAGGAAUUACUAGUAAUGGUCCUGAUUUGAUUAAUAUUGGUGGUGGCAACAAUAUGUUUGGGUAUGGUAAUUUACCAUAUCAUCAUAACAGACCAAUCGAACAAAUUCGAAAUGGUUAUAUCCCAAGAUUUCCAGGAACUGUUCAUCAUCAAGCUACUUACAAUAACGGUGGACAUGUUCAAUUACAUCAACAAAGAUUUCCAUACAACAAUGUUGAUUUGGGCCAUGAAAGAAGAAGAAAGGACCAAAGUGAUCAAUUUGUGAAUCCAAAUUUUAGUGGUAGACAUGUACGAGGAAGGGGAAUUGGGUCAAUUGGCCCAAUGAUUAGACAUAAUCCAAUUAUAUCAAAUUGUAGUUCUGGUCCUAAUGUUGACUCGAUUAUUGUUAAUGCUAUGAGGACAAUGGCGAAUCAUAGUGUUAAUGGAAGACUUGUUGAAGAUGGAAGAAAUCAAAGAGCACAAGAUGUUGCAACACUUCUUCAAGACUUCACUAACUAUAACCCCGAUGAUUUACCAGGUGAACAUAAGCAACGAGAUUUGGAUAAUAGAGAUCAUUCAACCUCCAAAUAG